AUGUUCAGAAGUAUUAUCCCAACCACGGUUGGCCUUAACAAUUCAAAGUACGUCCAUGCGAAUAUAGAUGAGGAAUACGAAUUAUUCGAAUCCAACGACAGCGAGGUGAAGGAAAGAAACAAAACAAAUGAUGAAGCUACGUCGCCAAAACAUAUUCUAAGUGCGUCCAACUCAUACAACAUAAAACUGAACCACCUGGAGAAUUGCAAAACGCCAGAAGAACUAGCUUUGAAAAUCUUAAAAUCACAAAAUUUUCAAAAUAAAAGAAAAUAUACAAAUGAAAAUCUUGUACUGUGUGAAAAAAAAAAAAAAACAAAUACACACGUAAAUAAUGAACAAUUCAUUUAUUCCACAUAUGGAUGUCCUCAUGGAAGAUAUUCCUCGUCAUCAUCAUUAGGAAGACAAACUACACAGACCUCCAAUUUAAACAACUUCAGUUUUUAUAAAGCCCCCCCUGAUGGUUAUAUGUACAAUCGUGGGAGUUACUCCUCUGAGAGGAGAUUAGACAGGGAUAUGCUUCCACUAAGGAACUCUUCCAACUACCACGGUUAUGUGGACAAAUAUAAACGAUUAAGUGGCACGUAUGGGAGCCAGCAAACAGGGUUCUCCAACAUCCAAUGGUGUCACAACAGAUGCGAAGAAAUGGCGAGUGCACCUCCCUUCCUUAGUACUUGCAACCAUAUCGACCAAAGGGUAAUAAACGAAAUGGACAAAAUGAAAGUAGCCUGUAAGUACCAAUUUAGCACAUUGAACAAGUUCGAUAAAAUUGGUAUAUCCCCUGGUAGGAGCAACAUCUUUGCUGAACCCCCCCACUGGGUGUCAAAGGGAAUAGGAGAAGCAUACACCGGAGGGGCUCAUAAGGAAGGAGCUCAUUAUAACGCCAUUGAUGUGGAGGCGGUCUAUGACCACCUGUCCAGUUAUAACCCGCCAAAAGUAGAGCCGACUGAUGAGGAACCCAUAAAAAAGCCCCCAUCCGAUGACGCAGCAUUGCAGCGUUUCCCCCACUCACCGCCUACGAAGGAUGUACAGGCAGAAGGAACACACACGUAUGGAGAUCCCCCAGAUGGUACAACUCUUCAUGUCAAAGGAGAAGGCGAUAAACAGGAUAAUCCAGUUAGCAUAUUAGCAAACGCAAAGGAAGGGGAUGAACAUGAGGAUCCAUCACAGGAAGGAAUAUGCAUUCCAGAUAUGCCUAAACAGAAGAGCGUAGAAAAAAAAGCUGAAGCAAUAAGCCAAUGGAGGGAAUCCGCACAGAUAGAGGGCACAGCACAAAGUCAAAACACGUUGGGCACAAUGGAUGACAUGCAGAUAAAGGAGGUGGAAGCGAAAUGGGUAGAGCUAGCACGUGGCGAAAGUGAGCAGCUGUUGGAAGGAGACAUAAUUGCCGACGUAGAAGAGGGUGCAGGAGCAGACGCGGAGGGAGAAUUGCCUCGAUUAAAUGACCCAAACGAGAACGCCAACAAAGGUAUCGAAUACGACAUGGAGAAAAGCAACGACAGGGUGGUGACCCAUUAUUGUGACGCUUCUAUCCAACCCAUAGACAAUAACAGAAGGUGGGUCCAGCUCGAGCAACACAUGGACUCCUUCCUAAGUAUCAACUCGAGUGACAUAAACAGAAAUAAAAAAAUGAAACGAAUAGUGACCUCCCUAGAAGGAUGCCUCAAAAAUGAUAAGCACAUUGUUUACGAUGAAGGAAGCAAGGUCGAACUCGUGUUGGAAAAAAUUUUUGCAAAUGUGAAGGAAUUUCUCAGCAAGGAGAUCUGUUACAGAAGGGGUCGGAAAAGAGACAUGGAGUUGUCUCUUUCAGGGGAAAGGACAGAAGAAAGUAGACAUGCCCAUGGGAGCGGCACCUACAGUAACGUGGAGGACCAGAACGGCACGGAGGACGAACGGGACGAAGUUUCCCAAAGCGGAAGUGACACCCACAACCGCGUUGACGAGGAGGAUGAGACACUCCGCGCGGGAGAAGGUGCGCAUAGAAGUAGAAGCAAGGGCAGUAGUAAGGAUGCCACAAAGAAUGCACCACAAAAUGGCCCAAAGAAGGACGGGAAAAAGGAUGUGAAAAAAGAUGGGAAAAAGGACGGGAAAAAGCGCGGUCCGAACAAUUCGCGAAGCGCCAAGCAACCAAACGAAGCAGUCAUGACAGACCUCAUAUACGGACACUACAACAUCUUGUUGUAUCUAAUUCUGCUCAAGUUCGAGUGCUUCAAAAAAUAUGUAGACACAGAGGAAAUAAAUGAACAGGUCCUAAUCAACCUAAAGAUCAAUUUUAAAAAUGUUAUCCUAAAGUUAUGUCAAUGUGAAAUAAAAAAUCGAGUCAUUCAGUUCUACCAUGUACAUGAGACCUACCUAGUACAGCUAAACUGGGUUUAUGAAAAGUGCCUCCUUUACCUUUCCGACCUUUAUAUGUACAUAGAAGAGUAUGAUACUGUCCUGGUGAACCUUCUGGACCUUUGCACCCUCACACUCCAAACCAAUUACAAUGUACAAAAUAUUAUUUUGAACUCCUCUAAUUUGUUACUAAGACUUUUUAGAAACCAGAAUCGAAAAAAAAUGAAGAAAUAUGUCCUGGAUGAUAUUUUGUCUAAUAUAAAUAAUGUCAAUUUUAGGUACAACAAAUUGACCUUCCGAAAUAGCCAAGUGAAUUCCACCUACAUACACCUGAUUACUUUUCUGCUUAUUAAAAUUGCAGAGUCCUUUUCGCACUAUGAGGGUGAUUUAAAGAGGAAAUAUAUUCUGGACCAGCAGCGGGGAGGAGGAAGCAAGGGCACACCGGCGACGAGCACUAUUCACAACCGUUUCGACAGUGAGACGGACAACGAUGAUGAAGAUGAUGAUGAGUACUAUGUGGGGAAGUGCUCCAAAGAAACGUGCAACGGAAGGAGACGUAAUCGCAGCAGACACAAUGGAGGCAAACGCAAUACUGGAAACGCCCCCGGAAAGAAGGACGCUGCACAGUCUGACCAAUCGCGCAGUCUAAGCAUCUUCACAAGCGAAGACGAAGACAACAGCACCUGCAGUGGGGAACCCACAAAAAACAGUCACACAAAAGGAGGAAAGAAAAAAUGCACCACUGGUAGGCAACCCCCCAGGAAGUACCAAAUAAAUACAAAAAAGGAAAAACCAAAAUACUCACUAAGGAAAAAAACAACAACAAGGAGUUACCUAUACCAUUAUGACUAUGCGAGUACCACACAUGAAUAUGAAUCGGAGGAGAAGAACGACAAAAAAAGAGAAACAAAUAUCAAUAAUAAUAAAAAAAAAAAAAAAAAAAAAAAAACAUUUUAA